AUGCCAAAUACAGGCUCACUAGUUGCAGCUGCUAUAGGCUGCAAAAGCGUUCUUGACAGUCAACAACAGCUGUUGAUAAGGUGCUCUGCAAUCUUGUGUUUGGUGUCAUACGUCACCGAGAAAGAGGAACUCGUUCUGAAUACACAUGGUGACAAGUCACCGGGAAUGCUGUUCCUGGUUAUAAAUGAACGAGAAACCACCAGAACUGCAACCCGUCUUGUUACGGUGUCUGUGAGACACGGCAGGACUGCGUCAAGAUCGAGAAACACAGAGCCGAUUUUAGAGCGUAAGCCGCUAGUUUCAGACACCGAUUUCCCUACCGCAACACUUUUGCUUCGUUGCCUACAGCGGCAGCGUGCCUCAUCUCGAGUGUCUUGCCUGCCUGUUUACAUCAUGGAGAAGCACAUGUAUUGCCUUGUUUUCUUCUCGUUGGCGCUUUUCCCGGGUCAGCAAUUGCAGAAUGGUGCAUGGGCUCAGCGGAGCUUCCGACACCGAGGAGCCUCGGUUUCUUCCUCUUCAUUCAUUACCAGCAGUAGCAGUCACACACCUUUCCGGGGGAGUGCAGUGAUUUCAUCGACAACGCCUUACACAACGUUCGGCUCGAGCAGUGGAAUCAGCUCUUACUCGCCUGUCAGUGCCGAUAGCACUUUCUUCUACCCGUCCGGUCCCUCAACAUACGAGCCGCACACAUUCCGAAGCCCGUCAUCGUCUUCAUACAGCAGUUUUGGCUCAUUUUCGAUUCCUGUAAGUGACUCAGAGGUGGGGUCCUACCAAACUUUGAGUUCCACACCUGGCAGCACCUAUUUCCCAAGUAGCUUCACGGGAUCCAGCAUCGCCGCCUCAGAUAGCUACGCUGUCGGAGGCAGCGGGCGACGGGGAAGAAACAGGAGUUCCUUCGUGUUGUCGAACGAUAUUCCGUCGGCGUCUAUCGUCAGCAGCACUGACGCAUUUGUUCCCGCGAGUGGUUCCUCCUCCGUUGUUAACAGCGACUUUCAAUUUUCCUAUACUCCUCACCGGAGCGGCUCCUCCAGAGGAACAGCCAUUCCCGUGAUCGCACCAGGGACCAUAUCCGGCUCUUCGCCGUUUACGGUUUUCCAUGAAGCGGACGACAACGGCGACUUUGUUUCCACCUAUGCACCCAGGCCAUUCAACAGCGAGGUGGGAGCGUUUGAAUCUCUCACCGACUCAGGGGUGCGGUCAACGCCAACUGGUGAGACUACGGCUCGCGGCAGGGGAAGCAUGUCCAGGCGGAGGGAGGGGUCGACCACAGCGACUCACACAGCCGCUCCUGCUUCACCUAACUCGGGAUUCUCCAAUGGAUCGGCGCGGACGACAACGUCGACUACGACGGCGCCGACCGUUUCAACAGACAGUCAGAGUUCAGCUACCAACGACAGUGCGGGUUUCGAAGUAUCGAGGGAGAUGCCAGGAGACGUCAUUGUCGAGGAGAGAGACGGCCAGUUCAUUUAUUUCUUCGUUGAAGAGGACGGUCGACGCACGCAGCUCGAGAACGCACCCCCAUUAGAGGAAAUGGAACCUGAUAGUUUUUUUACCGAGCAAUACCUGCUAGAUAAACCCAUAAAGCUCCUUGACCACGAACAACAGGAAAAGGCAUAUAAAGCGCGUAUGGAGAAGCCGACAAACACCACGAGAAUCAGCCUGACGAGUCCAACCGGAGAAACGCAUACCAUCACGACGGAGGAAGAGAGACAAGAUGGUCUCGGUCUCAUGGCUCUUCCACCCCGUCAACGAGAGCUCGGCCUUCUUUGAGAGUUUCGUCGGCCGCCCAUCCACGCAAAUGACAAUUUCCUCUUCCGGAUGAGAUGUACAUGCUACCACGGAGAGAUCGUCCAGCCCAUGUUUGCCCGAUCGACGGCGGCUUUCAGUGCGAGCGCCGAAAGGACCCAGAAACAGAUGAAUCGAGUUGUGCAUGGAUGUGCCUUUGUGUCGGUUUUCGUUGUGUAUUGAAAUGGAUGACUUAAUACUAACUGGCCGUGCUUUUCGACACGACAGGUCUGAUAUGCUUUCGAAUCUGUGAACAGUACAGGUUGCGAAGUUUGUGAGCCUUGCCUUCGUGAAGAUGAGUGGAGAAA